AUGCCACCGACUGUCCAUUCUAUGCCAAAGAAGAGAAAGCCGUCCUUCGAUCUUAGAGAUACGGCAUUACCCGCCUACGACGAGAACGGCCAUAGCUCUUCACCGAAGCGCACUUCCCGUACUGCUCCAUCUCUGAAGAGUCCGAAGAGUAAUAUCCAGCAAACCUCUCGAGCGACCAAGCGUCAGUGCAAGCCCUGGAGCAUAUUGCCGCCUCAACGACCGGAGACAGAUCUUUCGGUCGCCAGAAUCAUAGAUUGGAUUGACACUCAAAGUGCCCCGACGAGCCAACCUUUCUCCAGCGUCCCGGUCGACCUGUCCGUCGAGUGCAACGCAGAUCGACCAAGCAUCGAAGAGAAAAGCCUCCGUGUGAACAGCGCAAGUCUACUUUCGGACGACUCCACAGAAUCUGAGAUGUCGCAGUCUUACAUCAGUUCUCAGUCGGACCGCUCUGCUGUGGUCAAGCCGACCGACCCAGAUUUUGAGACCCUGCUGAAAGACCGAGGCAUUUACGCCCUUUCCCGCAACGCACCAGAGCCCACAAACAUCACCGAAGUGAGAGGCGCUCUAGGCAGCACCAGAAAGAGUCCCGGACCUAGCGAUGACAGCGCAGAGAACUUCCCGAGGAGGGUCCGCAAGAGUGUAAAUGAAGGUGGUGUCAUGCAGGCUUUACUACCGAAACUUCUGCCUAUUCUCGACCGCUUCUGGGACAGUCAACGCGAUGCACUUCCAGUAAAUCAGCAAUGGGACCGUCAUACAUUAUUGAAACCGGAACUUCGACCAGCCAUCAGUCCUCCUCGACCUGCUCAAGCAUUCGGCUUUACUCCAGAUACUUUCCCAUUUCCACACGCUGCGCUACUCAUCAAGCCCUCGAUGUCCCCAGCCAGAAACCUGGCGUGGCCGUACUUCACCGUGGAAGCCAAAGGACGCCAGGGCCACCUUGAUAUUGCACGACUCCAAAACUCCAGCAACGCAGCCAUCAUGCUGAAUAACAUGCUGCAGUUGAAGAAAGCUAUCGGCAAAGAGCAUGAGAUGUUUGGAGUCAUUCGAGUGAUGACGAUGGAGCUGACAACAGAGUCAAUAUCUCUUUGUGGUCAUUAUCUGUGCCAAAGUGCUUCAGGAACUCCGGACUUCCACUCUGUGUGCCUUAGCUGCGCCAGCGCGCUGGAUCCCUCCGGAAGAGCAUACAAAGAAGCCUACCGGAAUGCCAUGAACGCUGUGGAAUUUACGAGGCGAAUGACCCUCGAGUGGGUUACAUCAGACAUGGCGCAAUUGGAGGAGAGGCUUGUCGGCUCGUUGCGGAAAGGACUGAACCAGAUGACGCCUCCCACAAGUGACUUCGAACACAGAGACCCUUGCAGGUGGGCGGGAGGACGUUCCAGGGGAGGGAGCAGAGCAAGCAGCAGAUCCAGCAGCCGAAACAACCGUCGACCCCGGUCUCCCUCUAGGAAGGCGUCAACUCUUUCUACUGAGCUUGAGCCCGCGUAG